CCUAGCCUCCUCGUCUUCUCGCCGACGUCACCGAUACUCUGCGCCGAGACUCUGUCUACCUUAGUACGGGAUCUGUGUUCCUUCGGAAUUGUGUAUCACGGAUGAUCGAGAACCGUCCUGACCACUCCUAGAGUCGUGUCCAAGGAUAGUCGCGAUGGACCGGUGUACGCGGUGCUGUUCCUGAGUCGAAUCAUGGACAUCGUGUGAGAUCGCGUACGGGGAUCACAGUGACAAGUUCUACUCAGCGAGUUCGUGUGACAGUGAGACUUUGAUUAACGGUGCAUCGUGCACCAGGCUAGAGAAUAAUUUUUUCUAAAGUGGAGUGUAUAGAUAUCGCGAAGUGCAUAGAGUUGAGUCCAAGACAUAGAGUACAUAGCAUUGUUUAUCGUUAAAGUAAUACUUGGAGACGUAGUGUGCGGUAUCUGAGAUGGUCUGAAGUCUCGGCUAUUUUUCACAGCGGACGAUUCGGAAGUUCGUCUCUACGAGACACAGGGAGCCAGAUCGUUCAGUUUCCAAGUCCAGGAGUAGAGAGCCAAGGUGCUCCUCCUCCAUGUGCCAGAGAGAUCUCGUUUGAACGGUGCAGCGGAGGUUGCAGCGCAGUAGGUGGCCACAGAACUAAGUAGAUCACGUUUACUAUCAAGGGCUAGAAGAGAGCUGAGCAAUCGAUGGACCACGGAGCGAUGGAUAGUUCUUCCGAUCACAGCAGCCGUGCCAGCCCCGUCACCGGCAGCCCCAAACAUCCCCACAGUCCAUCGGCUCAACAGAAUCAACAGCAGAUACACGGCUCUCAGCAUCAGCCACCACAGUCCCAUCAGCAACAAUCGCACCCAAGAGAUCAGAUUCGCGAGCUCCAGCAACAGCAGCAGCACAGAGGAGUACCUACACCAGGAUCUCCGACUCGAGGAUCACCUCCGCAGGGUUUACCCUUGAGUCCUCCUCCUCUUUCAGCCGGGGGAGGUCCUGGAGGACCUCCUGUGAUGGUACCCAGAAUGCCAGGGUUGGCCCCUGCGGGUCUAGGACUCCUGGGUCAACUAGGCGGCAUGCUCAGUGGACAUCAUGGUCCUUCUCUGGAGCUAAUGGCCAGUCACCACGCUGUCCUGCCACCCAGGUCGUACAACAGUCCACCGCCGAUCAGCUCGAGCGAUCCCACCGCGAACGAGUGCAAGCUCGUCGAUUAUCGUGGUCAGAAGGUCGCAGCUUUCAUCAUCGCCGGGGAUACGAUGCUCUGUCUGCCUCAAGCCUUUGAGCUUUUCCUCAAGCAUCUCGUCGGCGGCCUUCACACUGUGUACACGAAGCUCAAAAGACUCGAUAUCGUACCGUUGGUGUGCAACGUGGAGCAGGUUAGGAUCCUUAGAGGUCUGGGUGCCAUUCAGCCUGGAGUUAACCGCUGCAAGUUGCUCAGCUGCAAGGACUUUGACGUCCUCUACAGGGACUGCACCACGGCCAGCUCCAGGCCUGGGAGACCGCCGAAGAGGGCAUCGGUUACUUUGAGUCUGGCAGCAAGUCACCUGGCCGCUGCCGCCGCUCAUCACCCCCAGCAUCCCUUGAAGAAGCACCGCAUGGACAACGGGGAUUACUACGAGAACGGACACCUCGACGUGCCGCGAAUGGAGAAGUCGCCACUCCUGGCCAACGGCUACAACCAUCCACCCACGCACCUGAGCCACAUGCAGUUCAUGCAGCUGGGUGGUCAUCCUGGCGCUGGACACACGGCCAUCCUUUCCCCGGCCAGUUUACCUCAUCACCUUCAGGCUCAGGCCAGGGCCGAGCAAAGCCUCAAAGUCAACCCGAAUAUGCCGAAUAUGGAAGCGUUCGCGAGGUCCGGGAUUUGGGAGAACUGCCGUGCUGCCUACGAAGACAUUGUCAAACACCUCGAGAGACUGAAGGAGGAGCGGGGCGACGCCGACCGGGCCCUGGCGCUGGACCACAAGCCACGGGAUCUCAGCUCGCACAAUGGAUCCUCCAAUGGACACAGUCCUGUACUGAACCUUUCAAAGACGGCAGGAAGCGGAAGCGUGGGCGAGCAUUCCGGAAGCGAAGCUGGAGCAUCGCAUCGUUCACAGGACGACGAGGAGGAGGAUGACAAUCUCUCCGAGGACCUGGAGGAUGACAACGACAAGGACGAGGACAUGUCCGACGUCCCGGAGAAUCUGCCGCUGCCAGCGCCAGGCUCGGAAAGUCCUCAGGCGCUGAACUACUCGCAAAUCGCCUCCGCGGCCGUGGCCGUUUCGCAGGGCGCACAGGACCCCUCGGUCUCCAGCACGGAGACCCUCCUGAGGAACAUCCAGGGUCUCCUCAAGGUGGCGGCCGACAACGCGCGGCAGCAGGAGCGGCAAAUCAACUACGAGAAAGCGGAGCUCAAGAUGGACGUCCUGCGCGAGAGGGAAGUCAAGGAUAGUCUGGAGCGUCAAUUACAGGACGAGCAGAAGAUGCGAGUGGCGUAUCAGAAGCGACUGAAGAAGGAGCGUCGGGCGAGGAAGCGUCUUCAGGAUCAAUUGGAUCUGGAGAUCAAGAGGCGCAAUCAGCUGGAGGACGCACUCAAGGCAACAGGCGCCUCGUCCGAGCAAGUCAGGGCGAUCACAGAAAACGUGACGGCGGAAGCACGCACGAGCACGGAACCACCCGAGGAGAGUCCGGUCCAUUCGCAGACGCAGCAGCAGCCCUCGCAACAGCAACAGACGCCACAACCCCUUCAGCAACAGCAACAGAGCCAGCAGUAUCGGGAGAGUCAAUCAUCCCCGGAGAAACACGCAUGGGGAUACACGGGACUGGACCUCGGGCAAGCGUCCGCAUUUUGGCAGAGCUACCAAGACUCGCUGGCCCAGGAGCUGGAGCAGGAAAGAAAGACGCGACAACAUCAGGCUGCCGAGAGGGACCAGGUCAAAUCUCCUCUUCAAGAAUCGCGGACGGGCUACUACAAGAAUUCGGUACUUUUCACGAGCGCCACCUAGAAAAGGCUGGAGGACGCGCGAUAAGGAACGGCGCGCAAUCAUCCCUUCGCGGGACCUGGAUCUCAACCGACGCGUCACAUCCGGCAGGACUCGCCGGGACUGGGACCUUGAAGGAACUAGGACCGCGUCUUGUGCCCGUGCUUUCCGGCCGCGCGUGUUUGCGAAACUUCUUUAACGGGCAAACAGAUGCAAAAGUGAAUCUUAGGACGGAGUGGAAGUCUUUGCUACUAGUGUCACGGUGCAACUAGCGUUUGGGGAGAUCGAACGGACAGUUUGAGAUAAAGUACGACUACCUGCUAUGGACCCGUUAACACCCUGUCACGCAACCCCCCC